AUGACAUCUAUUCAGACAAGUACAAGUGGCAUUCGAUUACUAUUGUUGGUUAUGGAACAGAAGAUGGUAGCUUACCCAUAUCAUGCUUUACCACUUGGCCAUUUGUUUGAAUGUGAAUUUCCAUACUUUAAUUUUAUACAUUUUACCAGUUGUUUAAGAUGGGGUUAUUGUCCCGGUUGUGCAAUACCUUUAAAUUCUAUAGAAUUAUUCAAUUUGGAUACACUUGCACUCUUAUCUAAUAUGAAUGGAUCAAUUCCAUCAAACAUUGAGAAAAUACAGCAACUAGUUGACUGUGAUGAUCUCAACCAUGGGUGUAAAUAUGGCAAAAUAAGCACUGCAUUUGAAUAUAUAAUUAAAAAUAAGGGUCUAGUUAAAGGUGAGGAAUAUCCAUACGAAGCAGUGAAGGGCACCUGUCGUAGAUCUGAAUUUGAAAGUCAUGGUCCAAUAAGUAGCUAUCAUAGAGUAGUGCUGAGUGAAAGUUACCUCCAACAGGCUGUGGCAAAACAACCUGUCUCGGCAGCUCUAGGUUUCACUUCCGAAUCAACUAUUUCCUUUGCUAAUUAUAAAGGAGGUAUAUUUGAAGGACCGUGUCUAGUGGAUAAACAUGACAUCUAUUCGAACAAGUACAAGUGGCAUUCGAUUACUAUUGUUGGUUAUGGAACAGAAGAUGGCACUAAAAAUUCAUGGGGACUGGAUUGGGGAGAAAAUGGAUAUAUGAGAAUGAAAAUGCACGGUGGUGGUUCCAUUUGGGUCUCUGUGCCAUUUCAUUGCAAGCUUUUUACCCCACAAUUGAUCGCAAGCUAUUUUCUAUUUAGGACUUCAUUAUAUCUACCCAUGUUACUUGAAUUCACAUUACACUUUUCUAUUUCCUAG